UGCGGACCUGCUCACGCCAAAAUUUCUCCAAGAUGGCGGUCCAAAGAAAGAAAGACGGAUCUCCUAAUGUUAAAUUUUAUGAGGCCGUGGAAACGAUAGCACAGUUCGAUUCAGUCAGAACUUGGCUUCAUAAAAAUUGUAAAAAGUACACGCAAGCAGACCCACCUACCAAUAAAAGUUUGGCCAACCUGGUUAUCCAGCUGCUGCAGUUUCAAGAAGAUGCAUUCGGAAAAUCUGUCAGCAACUCUGCCCUCACAAAACUACCUAUGAAAUGUUUCUUAGACUUCAAAGCUGGAGGAGCUUUGUGCCACAUCAUUGCUGCUGUUUAUAAAUUUAAAAGUGACCAAGGAUGGAGAAGAUUUGACUUCCAGUCACCAUCACGAAUGGACAGGAAUGUGGAGAUGUUCUUACAAAUAGAGAAGUCACUUGUACAAAACAAGUGUCUGACAAUGCCCUGUAUAUUCUUACGGCCGGACAUUGACAAAUCUCUUAUGCCAAAGUUAAGGGACAUGAUAAAACGUCACCAGGGGACACUUGCUGAGGAUACCGAGGACGCCACUCACAUUAUACAUCCUCUACCUGCCAACAGUGAUAAGGAUGAAGAGUGGAUCCGUCCAGUGAUGAAGAGAGACCGACACGCCCUCAUACACUGGUGGUAUUUGCCUGAUAGUUAUGACACAUGGGCAACGGAUGUACAUGUAGAAGACGACCCUCCAGAAAAGUCCCAUCAUGGAGCCUGGGAGGUAACUGCCAGAUGGCUUUUGGAUCUUGAAGAAUUCAAUGAGUGGAUGAAUGAAGAAGAUUACGCAGAAGAAGAGUUUGAAACAAAAAGGAGCAAGAAAACAAAGAUAAUGAAGAUGACGGUAGAAGACCUUAUCCCAAGUCAGGAUAGUGACAGGCGAGAAAAACGGGACAAAAAGACGAAGCGGAAACGUUCACCCUCACCACCAGUCAUAGAGAAGAAGAAACGCAAGAGUGGGCGUACCUCCACUGCCCCUGGAUCCACAAAGAAGAAAACCACUAAAGACGAGGAUGAGGAAGAUUUGACCAAGGACAUGGACAAUCCAUCACCCGAAACCAACAUUCAGGAAGUUCAGAUAACCAAGCAACCGAGUAGCUCGCGGAGUACCAAGGACACAGAGAACCUGCCAAUCAAAGGUGGUACUGUAAUGGACCUGGACGAAGAGACCAAUGACAAGUUCCCCGAGGGCGAGGGAAAGGUCGAGUCAGUAGAAGUGCAAGAGGAGGUGCCUAAGGACAAAGAAGAAGAGGAAGACAAUGUUACAGAACAAACUCACCACAUAAUCAUCCCUAGCUACUCAGCCUGGUUUGAUUACAAUGGUAUCCAUUCCAUAGAAAAGCGAGCCUUGCCAGAGUUCUUCAACAGCAAGAAUAAGUCAAAGACACCAGAAAUAUACAUGGCAUACCGUAACUUUAUGAUUGACACAUACCGACUUAAUCCCACGGAAUACCUGACCAGCACGGCAUGUAGGAGAAAUCUGGCCGGCGACGUUUGUGCAAUAAUGAGGGUCCAUGCCUUCCUAGAACAAUGGGGUCUACUUAACUACCAGGUGGACGCCGACAACAAACCAUCAGCCAUGGGACCUCCACCAACCUCACACUUCCACAUCAUGGCCGACACACCCUCAGGCCUCGCCCCAGCCAACCCGCCAAAGAUCAACCAGCCCUCAGCAGCCAAACAGAUUGUCAGUUUUGACGGAGAAAAGGACAAGGAGCGAGAGGGAGACGACAAGAAGGAACUGUCCAACUUCAGUCUCAGAAUGGACAUUUAUGCUAAAAAGGCACUGAAGGACAAGGGUGCUGCAACUCGGUCCCGGGAGUGGACGGACCAGGAGACUCUCCUGUUACUGGAGGCUCUGGAGAUGUACAAGGAUGACUGGAACAAGGUCUCUGAGCAUGUGGGCAGUCGCACACAAGAUGAGUGUAUCCUACACUUUCUCCGACUUCCCAUCGAGGAUCCUUUCCUUGAGGAGGACUUCGGCCAUCUUGGACCUUUGGCAUUCCAGCCAAUCCCAUUCUCCCAAAGUGGAAACCCCAUCAUGUCAACUGUGGCCUUUAUUGCAUCUGUCGUCGACCCACGCGUAGCCAGUGCUGCAGCCAAGGCUGCUCUAGAGGAGUUUGCUAAGAUGAAGGACGAAGUUCCCCCAGCCCUGACACAUGCCCACGUUAAAAUGGUGGAAGAAGCGGUGAAGGACGGCAGGGUUGUGGAUCCAGUGUUUGGCCUGGAGAAGAGCGGCAUUGCUGGUACAAUUAUUGAGAAAGAAGAGCCCAAAGAUGAACCAGAAAAAGUGAAUGUGAAGAAAGAAUCAGAAGACAAGGAAAAAGAAGAUGAUUCAAAAUCAGAAGGAAAGAAAGAGGAAGGAAAGGAGGAUGAGGAAGAGAAAGACAAGGAAAAGGACAAAGAAAAGUCUGAGGAAGCAAUGGAAACAGAUGAGGCAGAGAAAAAGGAUGAUAAGGCAGAGAAAGAGGAAAAGUCUAAAGACAAAGAACCAAGUAAAGAAUCUGAAUCUGAGGAAAAGAAAGAUGAGACAAAAACAGAUGAGGAGAAGGAAAAGACUGGUGAAGAAGAGAAGAUGGACACGAAGGAGGGAGACGAAAAAUCAAAGGAGGUUACAGAUGAAAAGAAAGAGGAGGAGACCAAAGCGGAGUUGUCUAAGAGGAAGGUUGAUGGCAAUGUAGCCACAGCGGCAGCCUCUGCUCUGGCAUCAGCCGCAGUUAAAGCUAAGCACCUAGCAGCAGUAGAGGAGCGUAAGAUCAAAUCUCUGGUGGCUUUGUUAGUGGAGACUCAAAUGAAGAAGCUUGAGAUCAAGUUACGUCACUUCGAGGAGCUGGAGACCAUCAUGGACAGAGAGAGGGAUGCUCUGGAGUUCCAGCGUCAGCAGCUGUUACAGGAGAGACAAAUGUUCCACAACGAACAAAUCCGCGCGGCAGAACACCGUGCACGACAGAUCGCCAUGCAGCAACUUGUGUCGGAGCAAAAGCAGCAGUCAGCUCAGCAGGCCGGCGAACAAGGAGGCUCAGCGGGUUCUGGGGCAGUGCCAGUCUCCACACCAUCCCUGGCUGCCGCUGUGGGACAGAGCUAUCCCAUGACUGGCUCCCCGAUGGCACCACAGGGCCCUCAGGCUCACCAACCCUCACAAGAAUCCCCUGCCCCCUCCUUCCCCACACCAUCACAGAGCCAAAGCCCACAGCCCCCUCCACAAACUCUGACCCACGGAAUGCCUCCGCAGAGCAUGCACCUUCCUGCAACACCCACAAAACCAAGUAGCGUUGAAUCUCCAGCACCAUCUACACAAAGUGAUUCAGAACCGAUGGUAACAGACUCACCAUCUCCUGCUGUACCAAAACCAUGACCAGUCAUCAACUGAAACCUUAUGUUGUGAUUGUAUUUAUGUGUAUAGUGAAGGAGCUCCUAGGUAGGAAUGUGUUCAGCAAGGUUAACGUACACAAAGCCAUUAAAAGAUCUGAUUCGUUGAAGACGUGUUGUGUAGGGCGGAGAGAUUGUGUGUAGAUGUUGGACCAGUGACACUUCUAUUCGCCUGAUAAAACAGACAUGUACACGACAGAGGUGUCAAUUACUCGUGUCUUGUUGAACAUGGUGCUGAACAACGUUUACCAUUGCACAAGUGACCAAAUUCAUCACAGAUCUGUUCCGAUGUCAGAUUAGCUAUCAUCUGACUAGAUAUCUAACUCAGCACAUCGUAGUGUAUAACAUUGUGCAGCUACCAACAUUCUGUGGCAUUUAGUUUUCGUGGAACUGGGUUAUCUCCCUUGUACUGCAUUUGAUACUGAAUUUCAAUAUUGAAGAGGCAUUUUAAAAAUGUCAAAUAUCAAAUUUUGAUUGGUUUUGGUUGUAUAUAAAAGAUAAAUAUCUAAAUAAAUUUUGGCAUUUUAUUUUUGUACCAUACCAGUAACGUUUCCAUUGUUGAAGUAGUACAUAGAGCAUGCUUUAAUAUGUCGCUGUGUAGUUGGUGGUUAUUUAAAUAGUGCAAUUUUACCAACUUAUUGAGGGGGGAUUGAUUUAUAAUACGGAAAUUAUGAAUUCAUUAAAUUAUGUUCUACAAAAUCAUAUCUAGUUCACUUUUGUUUAUCAUUUUCCAAAAGGUUGAACCAGUUAAACCAGAAAUGUCUGUUAAUGAAACUGAAAUUGGCCUUCUUGUCUGAUGUCAUUGUCUGAUAAGGUUUGGCAAAAACUUUUUACAUUACAUAAACAUUUACGGAUAUGCCAGGCUCUACCUCCAAGAAUGUUACAUAUAAUAGCUGACGGAUCAUUCUACAUAAACCAAAAUCCUCCUGAUCAUCAGUCAUAUGAGAAUUGUUGAAGACAUUUUUCAACUUUCAUGAUCAUUGUAAAUGUCAGUGUUUGUUCAUAAUCAUCCAAUACAGGUUUUUUGUUCAAAUUUUACAUAUUUGUAUGUCUUUUGUCAUUAGUGAAUGUUUUGUCUUCUGUACAAUAAAUAUAUCAAUAAGUAA